AUGUCCCGGAGGAAGCUGGGUAGUGUGCCCCGCCGGGGGCCCCGGGCCGACGAGGCCGAGCCGCGGGCCCUCGACGAGCCCGAUGGCCCCUGCGGCCCCGCGACCUCGCCGGCUUCCUCCUCGUCGUCCUCGUCCUCCUCGUCCGCGCCGCCCCCGCCCCAGCUCCGGCCGGACGGCCCCGACGGCGGCCCAGCGCUGGCGUGCGCCACGUCCCGGAGGAAGCUGGGCAGCGCGCCCCGCCGGGGGCCCGGGGACCGGGCCGAGGACGACGUCCGGCCCCAGGCGCCCGAUGGCCUGGGCGGCCCCGCGGCCUCACCGGCCUCCUCCUCGUCGUUGUCGUCGUCGUCGUCGCCGCCGUCCUGCUCAUCCGUGCCGCCCCUGGCCGUCCCGGAUGUCCCCAACGCGGGCAGCGCGGGCGAGUGGCCCCCCGGCCGUCCGGGUCCCGGGUGCGCGCGAGCCCCUCCGCGCUCCCCGGCCGGCGGCCCCGGGCGCCUCCUCCCCGCAGCCCUCCGGAGCUGCCCCGACCUGCUGACGUGCGGCCGCUGCCUGCUCACCUUCCCGCUGAGCCAGAUCGUGGCCUUCAUCGAGCACAAGCGAGGCCGCUGCCAGAGGCCCGCCUGGGGCCGGCGCCCCGACCCCGACGGGGACCCGGGGUCCCGGGAGCCCUCAGCCUUCUCCUGCAGCAGCUGUGGCAGCUGGUUCAUGGGUGCCUGGGCCCUCCUCCGCCAUGCCCAGGAGAGCCACGGCCUGGCCAUCUACCAGAGCCGGCCAAGCCCAGCCAAAGAUGGAGAAGCCCCAGCACCACUGGCGGCAGCACCUUCCAUCCGGACCCGGAGUCACGCCUGUGACUUCUGCGGCAAAGGUUUUCGCUCCCACAGCAACCUGACCGUGCAUCGACGCACCCAUACCGGGGAGCGGCCUUACCACUGCCCCCGCUGUCCCUAUUCCUGUGCCCAGAGCAGCAAGCUGACCCGCCACCUGCGCACUCACCAACGGGCAGGGCCUGGCUCUGCCCCAGCCCCUCCAGAGCCAGCCGACUAUGCUGCUGCCCCCUCAGACCUGGUCCCACCCCCAGGGCCUAGCAGCGGCAGCAGUGAGGAAGGGGGUGGUCGAGAGCCUGGCUCUCCUGGGGCUCCACCAGCUGGCCCCGGGGAGGAUGCGGGGGGAGGGGGCCGAGGGAGUGUGGGCCGGCGGAGGGGAGACACCUGUGAGUUCUGUGGCAAAGUUUUUAGAAACAGCAGCAACCUGACGGUCCAUCGGCGCUCCCACACAGGAGAGAGGCCCUACGCCUGCCCCCUCUGCCCCUAUGCCUGUGCACAGAGCAGCAAGCUCACCCGCCACCUACGUACCCAUGGUCCAGCACCUGGCUCACCCCCUUUCCAAUGCCCCCACUGCUUGGUGCCCUUUGGCCUCCGAGCAACCCUGGACAAACACCUCAAGCGACAACAUGGGGAGCUGGGGAACGGGCCCGAGCACGAGGGCGACCACCAGCCCCCAGCCCAUCCAUGACUCAACUUAUUUUUAUUUUUGGUAAUAAAAGAUUUCUAGUUUUUGAAAUA